CCAAACUAUUCCGAAGACAUUUGUGUUUCUUCUUGUGAUCUGAUAUCUAGCUCUGUGCUGUACCGUGACAUGGGAUAAGUUCAUUGUUUUUAUUUUCACUGAGCGUAAAAGUGAAGAUUUUAAACUACCCAAAAAGGUAUUGCUUGAGGCAGAUCACCUGCAGCUUUAGUACUUGACUUAAAUGUAAUGUAGCAAUUGCUUACUCAGAGAAAAAUAAGCUGUAUUUUAAAAGCAGAACAGAGGUUUCUCCAGGCAACCUUUCGUCCCUUUCCCUUAACCUUUGGGCACUGUUUUUUGCUAAGAUGAGCACCCACCCUUCAUCCUAUCCUUUUGACCCUGAGCGGCGAGUCCGGACUACAUUGAAGAAAGUCUUUGGGUUUGACUCUUUUAAGACGCCUUUGCAAGAGAGUGCGACUUUGGCAGUAGUAAAAGGUAACAAAGAUGUCUUUGUGUGCAUGCCCACAGGGGCAGGAAAAUCCCUAUGCUAUCAGCUUCCCGCCUUGUUGGCCAAAGGCAUCACCAUUAUAGUCUCUCCUCUCAUUGCUCUGAUUCAGGACCAAGUAGACCACUUGCUGGCCCUGAAGGUACGAGUAAGUUCCCUGAACUCGAAGCUCUCAGUACAGGAAAGGAAGGAGCUGCUCUCUGAUCUGACUCAAGAAAAGCCCCAGACCAAGCUUCUGUAUAUCACCCCGGAGAUGGCAGCUUCAGCCUCCUUCCAGCCCACCCUGAACUCCCUGGUGUCCCGCCACCUACUCUCUUACUUGAUAGUGGACGAAGCUCAUUGUGUUUCUCAGUGGGGGCAUGACUUUCGUCCUGACUACUUGCGCUUGGGUGCCCUGCGCGCCCGUCUGGUACAUGUCCCAUGUGUGGCUCUGACUGCCACAGCCACCCCACAGGUCCAAGAGGAUGUGUUUGCUGCUCUACACCUGAAGCAACCAGUUGCCACCUUCAAGACUCCCUGCUUCCGGGCCAACCUCUUCUAUGACGUGCAAUUCAAGGAACUGAUUUCUGAUCCCUAUGGGAACCUGAAGGACUUCUGCCUUAAGGCUCUUGGACAGAAGACUGAUAAAGGGUUGUCUGGCUGCGGCAUUGUCUACUGCAGGACUAGAGAGGCUUGUGAACAGCUGGCCAUAGAGCUCAGUUACAGGGGUGUGAAUGCCAAGGCUUACCAUGCAGGACUGAAGGCUUCUGAAAGAACACUGGUACAAAACGAGUGGAUGGAGGAGAAAGUCCCUGUGAUUGUUGCAACCAUUAGCUUUGGGAUGGGAGUGGAUAAAGCCAACGUCAGGUUUGUUGCCCACUGGAAUAUUGCCAAGUCCAUGGCUGGGUAUUACCAGGAGUCUGGCCGGGCCGGCAGGGAUGGGAAGCCUUCCUGGUGCCGUCUCUAUUACUCUAGGAAUGACCGAGACCAGGUCAGCUUCCUGAUUAGGAAGGAAGUAGCAAAACUCCAGGAAAAGAGAGGGAACAAACCAUCUGAUAAAGCCACUCUCUUGGCCUUUGAUGCCCUGGUGACCUUCUGUGAAGAAUUGGGGUGCCGCCACGCUGCCAUUGCCAAAUACUUCGGGGAUGCACCACCUGCCUGCACCAGAGGCUGCGACCACUGCCACAACCCUACGGCUGUGCGGAGGCAGCUGGACGCCUUCGAGCACAGCAGCAGUUGGAGCAAGACCUGCAUCAGGCCUUCCCAGGGGAGCGACUUCGACCCCGAGCUGUACGAGGGAGGCCGCAGGGGCUACGGGGGCUUUAGCAGGUGUGACGAAGGCUCUGGAGGCAGCGGGGAUGAGGGCAGAGACGAAGCCCACAAGCGGGAGUGGAAGCUCUUCUAUCAGCAGCAGAUGAGGCUGCGCAAGGGCAGAGACCCCAAGGCAGAAGAAUUUGUACCCCCAGAUGAGGACUGUCCCCUGAAGGAGGCUUCUAGCAGGAGGAUCCCCAGGCUCACCGUGAAGGCCCGUGAGCACUGCCUGGGGCUUCUGGAGGAGGCUCUGAGCAGUAACCACCAGGCCACAUGUGCCACUGACGGAGCUGACCUCCAGGCCAGUGCCGUGGAACUGGAGCAUGAGACGUUCCGCAGCGCUAAGGUGGCCAACCUGUACAAGGCCAGCGUGCUGAAGAAGGUGGCUGAGAUCCACAGAGCCACCAAGGAUGGGCAACCCUUCGACAUGAGAGGUAGUGCCAAGAGCUGCAGUACCCAGGCAGAGCCCCCUGAGCCCAACGAGUAUGACAUCCCACCAGCCUCCCACGUGUACUCGCUGAAACCCAAGCGAGUGGGAGCUGGUUUCCCUAAAGGCUCCCGCCUGUUCCAGACAGCCACAGAGCUAAUGGAGACAACUCUGCUCAAGCCGUGCACCCUCCAGCCUGUGCAGGGGGAUAAGCAGGAGCUCCCCGGCCAGCCCUGUGGCCUCCAGGAUGAGGACAGGAGUGAGGCCCUCCCUGGGCCCAGAGAGGAGACCCCCGGAGGCAGUGCUCACUGUGGGGGGCUCUCCCCUGAGAAGGCAAAAGGCUUCUCUGGGGGCAAUUCCCUUGCCAAGGCCCGGGCUGGCAAGAAACAGCAGCUCCUAGCCGCAGCAGCCCACAAGGAUUCUCAGAACAUCACCCGCUUCUUCUGCCAGAGGGUAGGAAACCCACCUUCACUCGCUUCAGCCCCAAGGACAGAAGGUGCCAGCCCUUCCUGUGGAGGGGUUCAGGGACCCCUUGUGGCCCCAGAGAAGUACACAGAUGAUGAUGGAGCCCAGGGACGUUUGCCUGCCUCUCAGACUGAGCAGUGCUCUGGGGAGGGGCCAAGCACCUGCCCACUCCGGGACCAGAGGCCUCCUGAAGCCCAGCCCACCACUGCAGAGGAAGCACAGAUGGGCAAGCGGCCCAGAUCUCAGCAGGAGAACCCAGAGAGCCAGACUCAGAAGAGGCCUCGCUCCUCAGCCAAGCCCUCCAUCUCAGCUGAGGCCAAGAGCAGCGUCUCGACUGGUGAUGAGGACACCUUGAACUCCAUGGCCCAAGACCCUCACCAGCCCUCAGCUCCUGGUAUCUCCCUGAAGGAGGCUGCAAGUGUCGUUGUCAAGUGUCUGACCCCUUUCUACAAAGAGGGCAAGUUUGCAUCUAAGGAAUUGUUUAAAGGCUUUGCCCGCCACCUCUCACACUUGUUGACCCGGAAGACUUCUCCUGGAAGGAGUGUAAAAGAAGAGGUCCAGGACCUCAUCAAGCACUUUUUCCAUGGCCGGGCCCGGUGUGAGAGUGAAGCUGACUGGCACAGCCUGUGUGGCCCACAGAGAUGACCAACUGCUGGCUGGGCAGGACUCAUGUCCUCCCCCAGACUCCACCGUGGGCCAGCCUGGGACUCGCCUGCUGAUGCCACAGACACUGUUUUUUCUCAGGGUCCUUCCCCCUUCCAACCACGCCUUGCUUUGGGGAUGGCCCCAGACAUCUCCCAAGCCAAGGCUAGAGGUCAAGAGAUCAGCCCACCUUUCUUUCUGCUUGCAAAGGACCUUCCUCAGAACAUCCCAGUUUCUCCUAGCCCUUGUGGCUGGGUUUUCUGGGCCAGAUGCCCAGGAUAGGAGGUGGCGGGUGGUGUGGCUGCUGCCAGGAGACGGGGAGGAGGAGUGGCCCUCUACCUCUUGUACUUAACAAGUUUUAAGCCAGAGGCAAAGCCCACCUGAACAAGGUAUUGGGGUCUACUCAGGGGAGCCCUUGCCAGCCUCAGGUCCCCCUGGCAUUCCCCGCUUCCUUUGAGAGAUACCAGCUUCCUAUCUUGCCCUAGGCACCAAGCUUGUGGGCAGUGGGGCGGCAGUUCAGCUCCUGGUCAGGAAGGCCAGGCCCAACUGAGAUGUUUACGAGAGGAAUAAAGUCCUGUUUGUUCUGACGCAUGAACAUGCAAACACA